AUCGGGUCAGACUGGAUUACCGUAACACGAUAAAAGGACGAUCGCAGGACAUGAGGCUUUUGGGCCAAUUCGCUCUGCGCCUCCCUUUCUGUGGAGACAUACGGAUCAUGCUGGGGGACGAAUUAUGUAUCAUACGGCUGGGAUGCUGCUGCGGCUGCUCGAGUUGAGUUCAUCUGUUUAACUAAGUUGAAUUGAAGACUUGACUUGAAGACGGCCCAACGCCAAGCACAAGCAUCAAGACGCUCCGCUCUUUUCAACCAGUGAACGCUAAUCGGAGGCAAUUAAUACGGGCAAAAAGCCUUCUCGUGCCCAAUUUAUUUGCGGUAUUCCUAUCGCAUGAUCCUGCCCUUUCAUUCUGAGUCGCUUUCCGGUUGCAUUUCGCUAACGAGAGAGAAAAUAAUGUCAAGCGGAGGUAUGAUGAAGGUGCUGUGGUGUGCCCAAACAUGGCCGCCCUCUUGGCAGACACUCGAUACGAAGGACAGUGGAGAGCUUCGGGUCUCAUCAGAAUUGAAAGAACAUUCAACCGUGAAUGGUGAAAGCAUCUGCCCGCCCUUUGGAAAAUCGAAUUAGUAAAGCCGUGAGAUUCCAAGAAAACCUCAUUCCCAGAACAGACCUCGGUCACUCACUCUGGUCUCGGCUUUUGCUUUGUUGACGGUGUACGUGAGUGGAGCGCGACGCCCAUUGACUUGGCUUUCUAGCAAAAGAGAGAUGCAAGUCAAUGGGCCUCAUGCUCCGGUCCGAGGCACGUUUUGGAUCGAAUGGGGAUGCGGCUUCUUCGUCUCCGAACACAUGGACCUAAAGGCGUUGGCGUUCUCGUUGAGGUUGGUCUCGGUCUGGGGCUGGGGGGCUAGGGGCGAGCGGGGGAAGGAAAGCGCGCGAGCGUGUCCAGAGCAAACAUCGGUCCUUAAAGUCAAAAUCGUAGACUUUAAGAACAGUGCGAGCGUCUAGAAGUUCCCCUCCAGAGGACGCGAAUGUCAGUUGAUCGAUUCCGUCCGCCUUUCGGAAGGAAACGUAGAGUGAAAAAGUUAUCAUCUUCUGACCGAGGUUGGUCCCACACCUGCAGGCAGCUAUGACCCCUCCGGACCGUGACAGGUUAUUUCCUCCCGAUCGUUGAUAUGACAUUCAGGAACACUGCUUGCGUCCAGUUUGGAGGACUGUGUCCCUCAAUCUCUUGUACUGGUCUGUGCGGCAUCAGUGGUCGUGAAGUCGCACGAGCUGCUGCUCAGACUCACUUCCUUCUCUUUUUCUCGACAUAUGUUCUAGGGUGGGAAGAUCUCCCAUUUCAUGAUUCGUGUGAAAGAUUCUCCUUUUGGUUGCGUAUGACACGUA